CGCCAAGGUCAGAGCGGGCCGUGGCCAACAGCCCCCAGGCUGCAGCAGGCGGCGGAGGGGCACCGCACAUGGAGUACGACUGGGUCGGCUUCGGGUACGCGGCGCUGGUGGCCUCCGGGGGCAUCAUCGGCUACGCCAGGGCAGGCAGCGUCCCGUCCCUCGCUGCCGGCCUUCUGUUCGGUGGCCUGGCAGGGCUGGGUGCCUACCAGCAGUCCAAAGAGCCGAAGAACGUGUGGCUUUCUCUUGUGGCAUCUGGAACCUUGUCUGCUGUCAUGGGGAUGAGAUUUUACAACUCCAGAAGAGUGAUGCCUGGGGUCAUUGCUGGUGCCAGUUUAUUGAUGGUUGGAAGACUCAUGUUGCAGAUGAUGGAAAAGCCACUUGAGCCAUAAGUGAACAUCACACCACUUGAAAAUACAUGAGUAAGAAGCCUGAAAAUGCCACUGCCUGAAUGCACUAUAUAAAAAAAUGUAACAGACACUGCUGUCUGUGCACUGUUUUUUCAUAUCCUUAUGCGUAUGGGUCAUGUCUUUAAAUGAGAGAAAUUGAGAACCCUUGUUAUGUCUUCCAAAGUGGUAUUCGUCUCAACAGCUGCACUGUGAAGUAGGAAAAUGAGUAUAGGAUUAGUUCAGCUUCUUGUCCUGUAGUUUAUGCAAAGGUCUCUAGGCCCUUGUGUGCAGACAGUUGCAGGAAUGAGCCUUAAAUAUACAUCUGGACUUGUGCUUGUAAAACCCAUUAGACUGCUGAAACAAUGGGAUACAAGUUGGACUAGAUGAGCCUAGAUGAGCUUGGAGGUCUUUUCCAGCAUAGGUGAUUGUAAAUUGCCAAUUUAUCAUUGAUAUUUCCUAAACAUGUCAGCUUUUUGUCACCUUUCCCUCCCACUUCCCUGCCAGCUUAUCUGGUCAUCAUGUUUGUCAGUCAGGGACUUUGUUCUGCUAGCACUGCGUUAGAACCUUGGCCUAAAAACACAAUCAUGAAGCAGGGGGUUAAGUUUCUAAUGUAAUGCAAUGAAAGUAAACCUGUUACUUGAAAUUAUUUAUAAGGAAAAGUGCCCAACUAAAUGUAAUUAAUUUGACUUUUACAGAUUAUUCUUUGUAAGAAAUAAAAAAUGUACUUCAUUAGGUAAUGCUGAGUCGCAGUCGUAGCACUUGUAUUAAAAUGUUACUUUAAAUAAACCAGCCAACGUAAUAUUAUUACAAA